UGUCAAUAAUUGAACAGCUGUUGGUCGCGUAAUAUUUUUUUCAGUUUUGAAAAAUAAAAUAUGUUAAAAACGCGUAUAUUUCGUUUAAUACGUGACAAACGCUUAAGCGUGCCAAUCUUGCGUGGUUUUCACCAUGAAUUCACCAAACCUGAGCCGCAGGCUAAACCAAAUGUAAACAAAGAAGCGGAAAAUUCGAGCGCGUCUUUUGUUGCUGGCGGCGUGCAAAGCAAAUACAAAGUUUUCCGUGAUGAAGAGGCAACUGAGAUCUUUGACGUGGAGGAGGCGCGUUACCAGGAACGUGAACUGCCAGUGGAAGCCGAAGAGGAUCAGUACAUGGGUCUAAAUCUGAAGAGAGGCGUUCAUGGUGUUUUCGAUGUGGAGGAUCUCGUGGAGUUGUUACGCAAGGAGAAUGUUGACGAUAUCUUUGUAUGCUAUGUGCCCGAGGAGCUGAAGUAUGUCGAUCAUUUAGUCGUGUGCAGUGCCCGCAGUUAUCGACACAUGUUGGCCACGGCGGGAUUUGUGCGCCGCAUGUUCAAAAUAAAGCGCGCUAAGGGAGACAUAUUACCCCGCAUCGAGGGCGAGAAGAGUCAUGACUGGAUGGCCAUGGAUUUGGGCAACAUUGCUCUUCACAUAUUCUCGCCAAAGGCACGCGAGGAAUAUGAUCUGGAAUCUCUGUGGGCCAUUGGCGCGCAGUACGAUCCGGAAAGUCAAAAGCCGCAGAAUCCGCUGGGCAACAUAUUCAUGGCCCAGUUACCAAAGUCUGAAUAAAAACAUGUUGUGAAGUGAAA